UUAAUUGCACACACACAUAUACCUCAACAAGUACUUACAUCUCUCCCAGAUUUCUGUCAUUCCAAUUUUCUUGUUUUUAAUCACAAUUUUGUUGUUGUUGUCAAUGUCUGUCUCUUUUCAAACCAGCUAAAAAAAGAAGCAAAUUCUUGAUUUGAUUCAGCUGUUGUUCCACUUGUUUAUGUGGCACCAUGUCAGAAGCUCAAAGAAUGCUUCUAAGUGGAAGUUUCAAUUAUUAUGGUAAUGGCAUUGUAAAUGGGGCGAUUUCACUGAGGUCUUCUGCUAGUAGAUCUGCAAUUGAUGAAUUUUGUAAUGCACUUGGAGGCACCAGGCCAAUCCAAAGUAUUUUAAUUGCAAAUAAUGGAAUGGCGGCUGUAAAGUUUAUAAGAAGUGUGAGGACAUGGAGUUAUGAAACAUUUGGCUCAGAUAAAGCUAUUUUGCUGGUAGCCAUGGCUACACCGGAAGAUAUGAGGAUAAAUGCCGAGCAUAUUAGAAUCGCUGAUCAGUUUGUUGAAGUCCCUGGUGGUACAAAUAAUAAUAAUUAUGCGAAUGUGCAACUCAUUGUAGAGACUGCUGAGAUAACACAUGUUGAUGCUGUUUGGCCUGGUUGGGGCCAUGCAUCCGAAAUCCCUGAGCUGCCUGAUGCAUUGGAAGCAAAAGGUAUUGUAUUUCUUGGGCCACCAGCUUCCUCCAUGGCAGCUUUAGGUGAUAAAAUUGGUUCUUCUUUGAUUGCACAAGCUGCUGAUGUACCGACACUUCCUUGGAGCGGUUCUCAUGUAAAAAUUCCUGUGGAUAGCUGUUUGGACACACUCCCGGAUGAUGUAUAUAGAAAAGCGUGUGUGCAUACAACAGAAGAAGCAAUUGCUAGUUGUCAAGUUGUUGGUUAUCCAGCAAUGAUUAAGGCAUCAUGGGGUGGAGGUGGCAAAGGCAUAAGAAAGGUGCAUAAUGACGAAGAAGUCAAGGCACUUUUUAAGCAAGUUCAGGGUGAAGUGCCUGGUUCCCCUAUUUUCAUUAUGAAAGUUGCUUCUCAGAGCCGACAUCUAGAAGUGCAGCUACUAUGCGAUCAACAUGGGAAUGUAGCAGCUUUGCAUAGUCGUGAUUGCAGUGUUCAAAGGCGACAUCAAAAGAUUAUUGAAGAGGGGCCAAUAACCAUAGCUCCACAUGACACAAUAAAGAAGCUUGAGCAAGCGGCGAGAAGAUUAGCAAAGUCGGUUAAUUAUGUUGGAGCAGCCACUGUAGAGUAUUUGUAUAGCAUGGAAACUGGAGACUAUUACUUUUUGGAGCUCAAUCCCCGGUUACAGGUUGAGCAUCCAGUCACAGAGUGGAUAGCGGAAAUCAAUCUACCUGCAGCACAAGUUGCGGUUGGAAUGGGCAUUCCUCUUUGGCAAAUACCAGAAAUAAGACGAUUUUAUGGAAUGGACAAUAGUGGAGGAUACGAUGCUUGGAGGAGAACAUCUGCUCUUGCAACUCCAUUUGACUUUGACAAGGCAGAGUCUAUCAGCCCAAAAGGUCAUUGUAUUGCUGUACGUGUAACAAGUGAGGACCCAGAUGAUGGAUUUAAGCCCACUAGUGGAAAAGUUCAGGAGCUAAGUUUUAAAAGCAAGCCAAAUGUCUGGGCAUACUUUUCUGUCAAGUCCGGAGGAGGCAUUCAUGAAUUCUCAGAUUCUCAAUUUGGCCACGUUUUUGCAUUUGGCGAGUCAAGACCUUUGGCUAUUGCAAAUAUGGUUCUUGGGCUGAAGGAAAUUCAAAUUCGUGGCGAGAUCCGUACGAAUGUUGAUUAUACAAUUGAUCUGUUACAUGCUCCUGAUUAUAGAGAAAAUAAAAUACAUACCGGUUGGUUAGAUAGCCGAAUUGCUAUGAGGGUUAGAGCAGAAAGGCCCCCUUGGUAUCUUUCAGUAGUUGGGGGAGCACUUUACAAAGCUGCUGCUAGAAGUGCAGCCAUGGUCUCGGACUAUGUUGGUUACCUUGAAAAGGGCCAAAUCCCUCCUAAGCAUAUAUCAUUGGUCAACUCACAAGUUUCUUUGAAUAUUGAGGGCAGCAAAUACACGAUUGAUAUGGUAAAAAGAGGGCCAGGAAGUUACAGAUUGAGAAUGAAUCAAUCCGAGAUUGAAGCAGAGAUACAUACACUACGUGACGGAGGCUUAUUGAUGCAGUUGGAUGGGAAUAGUCAUAUAUUAUACGCCGAGGAAGAAGCUGCCGGUACUCGCUUGCUUAUUGAUGGACGGACUUGCUUGCUUCAGAAUGAUCAUGAUCCUUCCAAGUUGAUGGCUGAAACACCAUGCAAACUUCUAAGGUACUUGGUCUCAGAUGAUAGCCAUGUUAAUGCUGACACACCGUAUGCUGAGGUUGAAGUUAUGAAGAUGUGUAUGCCACUCCUUUCACCGGCUGCUGGAGUUAUACAAUUCAAGAUGUCAGAAGGUCAAGCCAUGCAGGCUGGUGAGCUUAUAGCAAGGCUAGAUCUUGACGAUCCGUCAGCUGUAAGAAAAGCAGAGCCUUUCAAUGGAAACUUUCCUCUUCUUGGGCCUCCAACGGCCAUGUCAGACAAAGUGCAUCAGAAGUGUGCUGCAACUUUAAAUGCUGCUCGAAUGAUUCUCGCAGGCUAUGAUCAUAACAUUGAUGAAGUUGUGCAAAACUUGCUUCGUUGUCUUGAUAGUCCCGAGCUUCCUUUCCUUCAGUGGCAAGAAUGCUUUGCAGUUCUAGCAAAUCGUCUCCCUAAAGAUCUAAGAAACAAGUUGGAAUCCAAGUUUAAGGAGUACGAAGGAAUUUCCACACAACAAACUAUUGACUUUCCUGCUAGAGUUCUACGGGUCAUUCUUGAAACCCAUCUUGGAUCUUGCUCAGAAAAAGAAAAGGGAGCCCAAGAAAGGCUCGUUGAGCCAUUAAUGGGUCUUGUAAAGUCAUAUGAAGGGGGAAGAGAAAGUCAUGCACGUGGGAUCGUUCAUGCUCUAUUUGAUGAAUAUUUAUCUGUUGAAGAGUUGUUCAGCGACAACAUUCAGGCUGAUGUAAUCGAACGUCUUCGACAACUAUACAAGAAAGAUCUCUUGAGGAUUGUCGACAUUGUCCUUUCCCAUCAGGGUGUUAGGAGUAAAAACAAAUUGAUACUACGGCUGAUGGAGCAUUUGGUUUACCCCAAUCCGGCUGCGUAUAGGGAGAAACUGAUACGAUUUUCUCAACUUAACCACACAAGUUAUUCUGAGUUAGCACUGAAGGCAAGUCAACUUUUAGAACAAACUAAACUAAGUGAACUUCGUUCAAGCAUUGCGCGAAGUCUUUCUGAAUUAGAGAUGUUUACUGAAGAAGGUGAAAAUAUGGAUACCCCUAAGAGGAAGAGUGCCAUUAAUGAAAGAAUGGAGGAUAUUGUGAGUGCUCCAUUGGCAGUUGAAGAUGCCCUUGUUGGUCUUUUUGACCAUAGCGAUCACACCCUUCAAAGGCGUGUUGUUGAGACCUAUGUUCGAAGAUUAUAUCAGCCAUAUCUCGUGAAGGGGAGUGUUAGAAUGCAGUGGCACAGAUCCGGACUCAUCGCUACAUGGCAAUUUAUAGAAGGACUCAUUGGAGAAGUUAAUGUGCCUGACUAUGAACAGAAUGAAGCUCCCUUGGAAGACAAGAAAUGGGGAGCUAUGGUUAUUAUUAAAUCUCUUCAAUUUUUGCCUGAUGUCAUAAGUGCAUCUCUUAAAGAAACGAGUCAUAACCUUCCCAGAACAAGUCAGAAUGGGUUUGCUGGUCAUAGUAACCAUGGUAAUAUGAUGCACAUUGCUUUGGCCGGCAUAAAUAACCAGAUGAGUUUGCUUCAAGACAGUGGUGAUGAGGAUCAGGCUCAAGAGAGAGUCAACAGGUUAGCAAAAAUACUCAAAGAUAAAGAAGUAAGCUCGAGUCUUAAAAACGCAGGGUAUGGAGUGAUCAGUUGUAUAAUACAAAGAGAUGAAGGGAGAGGCCCCAUGAGACACUCAUUUCACUGGUCAGAAGAGAAUCAUUAUUAUAUUGAAGAGCCAUUAUUGCGUCACUUGGAGCCUCCAUUAUCGACAUAUCUUGAACUGGACAAACUUAAGGGCUAUGAUAAUAUAAAGUACACUCCGUCGCGUGACCGUCAAUGGCACAUGUAUACUGUUGAUGCUAAACCACUUCCGGUACAAAGAAUGUUUCUUAGAACUCUUAUAAGGCAUCCAACAAAGGAAUGGUUCUCGCCCUCAGGUUACCAAGGUUCAGAAGAUGAGGGCCCACGGUCUCAGUUAAAUCUCCCUUUUACAUCAAGGAGCAUCUUGAGAUCAUUAGUGACGGCUAUGGAGGAGUUGGAACUUCAUGUUCAUAAUGCUACUGUCAAGUCUGACCAUGCUCAUAUGUACCUAUAUGUAUUGAAGGAGCAACAAAUUGGUGAUCUUGUUCCAUACACAACGAGAGUGGAUGUAGAUUCUGGGACAGAAGAUUGCGUGGUUGAGACACUUUUGGUAAGGCUGGCUCGUGAAAUCCAUUCAAUGGUUGGUGUAAAGAUGCACCGGUUGGGAGUUUUUGAGUGGGAGGUGAAGCUUUGCAUGGCAUCAUCGGGUCAAGCCAACGGUGCGUGGAGGGUUGUGGUCACAAAUGUGACUGGUCAUACCUGCGUUGUGCAUGUAUAUCGUGAACUGGAAGAUACUGGUUUGCACAAGGUGUAUCAUGCUACCUCUACAUUGGGUCCUUUGCAUGGCGUACCUGUGAAUACACCCUUUCAGCCUUUAGGAUUACUUGAUCAGAAGCGUCUUUUGGCAAGGAAAAGCAAUACUACGUACUGCUACGACUUUGCACUGGCAUUUGAAGCAGCUCUUGAGAAUAUCUGGGCGUCGAAAGUCGUAAGUGAUAGCAGGCCUAAGGGUAAACUUGUGAAUGUGACGGAGCUCAUGUUUGCUGAGCCAAGUGGCUCAUGGGGAACUCCCCUUGUUGCAGUAAAUCGUGAGCCAGGGCAAAACAAGGUGGGCAUGGUGGCGUGGACUAUGGACCUCUGCACUCCUGAGUUUCCUGAUGGAAGAACGAUUUUGGUAGUAGCAAACGAUGUUACGUUCAAAAAUGGAUCUUUUGGUCCUCUUGAGGAUGCCUUUUUUGAGGCAGUUACUGAUCUCGCUUGUGCCAAGAAACUGCCACUAAUAUACUUGGCAGCAAACUCGGGGGCCCGUAUCGGAGCGGCUGAGGAAGUCAGAUCUUGCUUUAGAAUUGGGUGGUCUGAUGAGUCGACUCCUGAAUCGGGAUUCCAGUAUUUGUAUCUUACUCCUGAAGAUUAUACCCACAUCAAAUCAUCUGUAAUAGCUCAUGAGGUUCAUCUAUCAAAUGGCGAAACAAGAUAUGUCAUCGAUACUAUUGUGGGAAAAGAAGACGGACUCGGGGUUGAAAAUUUGAGUGGUAGCGGGGCAAUUGCUGGUGCCUAUUCGAAAGCAUAUAAGGAAACGUUUACAUUAACAUAUGUUACUGGAAGAACAGUUGGGAUAGGCGCAUAUCUGGCACGUCUUGGGAUGCGGUGCAUACAGCGGCUUGAUCAACCGAUUAUAUUAACGGGUUUUUCUGCACUGAACAAGCUUUUGGGCCGAGAGGUUUAUAGCUCACAGAUGCAACUAGGUGGGCCUAAAAUUAUGGCUACGAAUGGUGUUGUCCAUUUAACGGUGUCCGAUGAUCUCGAAGGUGUCUCAGCUAUCUUGAAUUGGUUGAGCUUUGUUCCACCUUAUGUCGGUGGCCCACUUCCUGUUUUAGCACCUGUGGAUCCACCAGAAAGGCCCGUUGAGUACCUCCCUGAAAACUCAUGUGAUCCUCGGGCAGCUAUUUGUGGGGUCGUGGAUAGCAACGGUGAAUGGGCUGGUGGGAUUUUCGAUAGAGACAGUUUUGUGGAGACAUUGGAAGGUUGGGCGAGGACAGUCGUAACGGGUCGUGCCAAACUUGGCGGGAUCCCAGUCGGGAUCGUUGCUGUUGAGACACAAACAGUGAUGCAAGAAAUACCUGCAGAUCCCGGGCAGCUUGAUUCACACGAACGUGUUGUUCCUCAAGCAGGUCAGGUCUGGUUCCCGGAUUCCGCCAGCAAAACAGCUCAGGCAUUGAUGGAUUUCAACCGAGAAGAGCUCCCACUUUUCAUCAUGGCUAACUGGCGAGGCUUUUCUGCAGGUCAGCGGGAUCUUUUUGAAGGGAUUUUACAAGCAGGGUCAACAAUUGUUGAGAAUCUCAGAACAUAUAACCAGCCUGUUUUUGUAUACAUCCCGAAAACUGGAGAACUUCGUGGUGGUGCAUGGGUGGUUGUCGACAGUCGAAUCAAUUCAGAUCAUAUAGAAAUGUAUGCAGAAACCACAGCAAAAGGAAAUGUCCUUGAACCUGAAGGUAUGAUUGAGAUUAAGUUCCGAAACAAAGAAUUGAUAGACUGUAUGGGUCGUCUAGAUCCACAGAUUCGAAGCCUUAAAGAAAGACUUCGAGAAACAAAGUACGAUCAAACGAUCGUCCAACAGAUAAAAUCUCGUGAAAAACAGCUUUUACCGAUUUACACUCAAAUUGCUACCAAAUUCGCUGAACUUCAUGACACAUCAUUGCGAAUGGCUGAAAAAGGUGUGGUCAAACAAGUUGUUGACUGGAAAGUAUCUCGGUUUUUCUUUUACAAAAGGCUUCGUCGUAGGCUCGCAGAGGCUUCCUUGAUCAGUAGUGCUCGUGAAGCUGCUGGUGAUACUCUUUCCUACAAGUCUGCUCAUGAGUUGAUUAAGAAAUGGUUUUUGGAAUCGAAAACUGAAGAUUUAUGGCUUAGUGAUGAUGCUUUUUUCACUUGGAAAGACAAUCUGAUGAACUAUAAUGACAAGUUAGCCAAGCUACGUACUCAGAAGCUCUUGGAUCAGUUAUUAAAGAUUGGUAAUUCACCAUUGGAUCUACAAGCUUUACCACAAGGCCUCGCCGCACUUUUGCAAGAGGUGGAUCCAGUGACCAAAAAUAAACUAGUCGAAGAACUCUUGCGCGUAAUUAAGUAGGUAAUUAUACACAAAGCUCAUCAGAUUCUUUCUUUGUUUGUCAAAGUGAGAAGCCUUUUGAGCAGUGUACAUUAUAAGUAGGUGUCAUAAGAAAACAGGCUCAAAAUAGUUUAAAGUAUAUGAGGUUUACCAUGUUCAGAUUGUUUUAUUUUUCUUCAUAAAUUGUAUAAUACCAUCACAUUUCUAUCGCAUUUUUUAUAUAUCUAUAUAUAAAUGGUCAUUUUUUAUUUUA